AUGUGGAAUUUUGCAUCAAAUUGUAUUGCUGGAAAUGCGGGACUGAAAAAAGAUUCUCCAAACCGAACGCAUUCUACUUCAGAAUGCUCUGAUGAUGAGACCUCUGUUGUAGGAAGAGAGGAAGGGCUUGAAUGCCCGGUAUGCUGGGAAUCGUUCAACAUUGUUGAAAACGUGCCUUAUGUUUUAUGGUGUGGUCAUACCCUCUGCAAAAACUGUAUCUUGGGACUACAAUGGGCUGUUGUGAAAUUUCCGACUUUGCCGGUUCAACUUCCACUUUUCAUUUCCUGUCCGUGGUGCAACCUACUAUCAUUCCGUUUAGUUUAUCGGGGAAAUCUUAGAUUCCCUCGCAAGAACUACUUUCUUCUUUGGAUGGUUGAGGGCAUGACUGGUGAUCGAGGAAAAUCUCAUUCGACUUCCUCUGGGGAUAAUCAACAAAAUUGUACAAGCAGGGGGAAUUUAACCAUAGGAGGCCAAGGCAACCUUCAGAGGGGGCAAGUUCAUCAUCCGGAUACAUCGAGCUCCAGCCAGCGUCAAGGUAAUACCGGUAGUUACCUCAAUAUGGAAAGAGCCCAUAUAUCUCUUCGAAAGUCACUGAUUUUCUUUGUCCAGUUGACAGCUAAGUUCCCAUUGAUCCUUAUAUUUCUUUUGAUUAUCUUGUAUGCAAUACCGGCUAGUGCAGCCAUUUUGGCUAUGUAUAUACUUGUUACAAUCCUCUUUGCACUCCCAUCAUUUCUUAUCUUGUACUUCUCAUAUCCUAGCUUAGACUGGCUUGUCAGGGAAAUUGUUGCGUGA